CAUACUGUUUAACAGAUAGCAAUAAUGUUCUGCUGGUUAAAAAACAAGGUUAGAGGGGUAGAUGAUCAAACGAGCACCCUUCCCACGUGGGCUAGUUCCGGACCCUGGACCCACGUUGCUCGUGAGUUGGUUAAGUAUCAGCAACCUUUUCAAGUGACGAACCCCGGUCACCAGUUGCUGAAUUUGGAUUUGUCUCGGUAUUCCAAAAAAGAGCAGAAAGCUGCAGCACAAGUGGGUUGGUUGUGUUUUCAGGCGCUCAUGGAGGAGACAAUCAAAAGGGAGUCAGUUGAGCUUGAACUGCAGGCAGUUAAAGAUCAACUGGUUGUGUUAAGAGAAUGUUUUCGCUCCUCAGAAAAGUAUCGUGAGGAGAUGCAAACAGAGUUUUCAAAUUAUGUAGUAAAAACAGUAAAUAAACAGCACAGAAAGAAAGGGAGGAAAUCACCAGGAAAUGGUGCAAAAGUUAAAGUAAGGGCUCUUGUAAAUAAAGGAGACUGGGGGGAGUUAGCCCAAUUGUCAAGCGCAGACUCAGAUGAAGAGAUUGAGAUAGGAGAUGAUAUAGAAGAAGAAGAAUUAAGACCAAUUGUAACUACCAAACAAAGGAGAGAAGUCACACAAAGAGCAGGCACUGAUAAUAGAGAUCAGGAUUAUAGAGGAAGUGCAGAAGCAGCAGAACAGCAAUAUACAGAGGAAACUCGGUCAUAUACUGCAGGAGAAUUAACAGAAUUGGGUCAGAAAUUUGCCCAGAAAGGUGGUGAAACUAUUCUAGAAUGGGUUUUGAGAGUGUGGGAUUUGGGUGGGGAUGGUAUCAUGCUCACUAGCAGGGAGGCAAUAGGACUGGGGAGUAUUGCAAAAGACCCAAGGGUACGGCUUUAUCUCAGGAGAGCCCGUGAUACUACUGUGGCUUUUUCCCUGUUACAUUUGAUCAGGGAUUCAGUCCUACAAGUAUAUGAUACCCCCACUGAAAUGAUGGAUUCUACCUCAUGGCAUACUAUAGGGGAGGGGAUACAGAGGUUAAGGGAGUAUGGAUGUGUGAGUGGUUUGAUUGCUGAUCCAUUAGCUUCAGCACCCCCAAAUAAACCUACUGUAAAAGAGACAUGGUCAGGACCAGACAUGGCUCCCUUCACUGCACACAUGAAAAAUAAGCUGCUAGCAGGAUCUCCCACCCAUUUGAAAGCUCCAUUGUUCACAAUGUUAAGUGCUUUAGAUGCCAAGCAGGGUGUAAUACAUGAAGCUGCAACAUUGCUGGGACAGUUGGGAGAGUUAGAACGUAUAGGGGAAAAAGUAUCUAGACACCGUGUAAUUGCAGAAAGGGGUACAGAAAGAUUAAAAAUUAGUCGGAGACAGUUGUUUUUUGAUUUACUUCAAAGUGGAGUACCAAAGCCUGAAAUUGAUGGUAUGCCCACAGUUGAUUUGUUGAAACUCUGGAAACAACUAAAACACAAGGGGAGGCUGAAAUCAACCCAACCAAAAAAGGUGGCAACCAGUGAUAUAGAGGAUGUCCCUGUUACUCCUUCAGCUCCUCCUAAUAAAGGGAAAUUUAACCCAUACAGGGAAGUGGCUGAGGAAUUGGCAAGACAUAAGGAGAGGAGUUGGGAGGUGCCCAGUCCUAUAGAUUGACAGGAUGGCAGAUCCUCUGUGCCACUGGUAAAAAUUAACACAAUGAAACCAGGGGAUCAACGCCCAUAUAUAUCAGUGGCAAUAUAUUGGCAGGGACAGUCAAAACCACAAACGGUUACUGCACUUCUAGAUACAGGGGCUGAAGUAACUUUGUUUCAUGGAAAUCAAAAACGACAGAGUGCAGGAAUAGUAGCUAUAGAGGGAUUGGGAGGUCAACAUACACUGGCUCACAAGGUUCACUGCAGAUUACAGAUUGGAAAGGGUCCCAUUUUUAAAGCACGUGUGUUAAUAUCUGAGCUACCUGAUAACAUACUAGGAAUGGAUAUUUUAAGGGGCCAGACUAUCCAUACUGAUGCAGGCAUGUAUGUAUUUGGUACCUCAGUUCGUUCUUUUUCUGUUUCUGCAGUUAAACCAAUUUUAAGGGGACAUGCCAAGUGGACACCAGUGUACAUCCCUCCGCCCAAGCACCCUGUCAAUCUCAAGCAGUAUCGCAUACCCGGAGGCCACAAAGAAAUUACUGAAACAAUUCAAGCUUUGCUAGAGGUUGGAGUAUUUCGGCCAGCAGUAAGUCCAUUUAAUGCUCCAGUAAAGAAAAAGGAUGGAAGCUGGAGAAUGACUGUGGACUAUCGUGGGUUAAACAAAGCAGCUCCACCUCUUGCAGCUGCUGUUCCAGAUAUAGUAUCUAUUGUGGAGGACAUUGCACAAACUGCUGGAGAUUGGCAUGCAGUAUUGGAUUUAGCAAAUGCUUUCUUUUCCAUUCCUAUUGCUGAGGAAUCUCAAGAUCAGUUUGCAUUCACCUGGGAGGGAAAACAAUACACAUUAACUGUAGUACCACAGGGGUACAUGCAUUCUCCCACAUUAUGUCAUGGAUUGGUGGCUAGGGAUCUGGCCAUGCUGCCUAACAUGGACUGUAAGUUUUAUCACUACAUUGAUGAUGUUAUGAUCUCAGGCAGCUCAGAGGAACAAGUGAGAAAAGACUUACAAACAGUGGUGACAUAUAUGCAGAAAAGAGGGUGGGCUAUAAACCCAGAAAAAAUCCAAGGACCAGCAACUAGUGUCAGAUUUCUUGGAAUGAUCUGGGCUGGACCAGUCAAAUCUAUCCCACAGCCUGUGUUGGAUUCAAUUGCUGCCCUUAAACCACCAAAAAA